GCGCGCGCGGUGUGUGUGGGAGGUGACUGGCGUCCCCGCACACUUUUGAGUGCCAUUAUUAUUUUGGCGGGGCUUUGUUAUUGAAGUCUGCCAUCCCGGGAGAGGCGCAGCGCGCGAGGGAGAGAGAGAGAGAGAAAGAAAGAAAGAAAGGCUCUGAAGGACAGAGCGCGCCCGCUUCGCCGGUUGCCAGAAACGUGGACUUCUGAUAGAAAAGGAGAGGAGGCAUCAGAAUCCACAUUGUAAACAUUUCCCUGGGGACUGAAAUGGCAAAAGAAAGUCAACCUCAGGCCCUGGCGGCGCUACCAGGCACCACUGUCGCUUCUGCGCUAGCAAGUAAUGUCACAGAACCUGCGGCUCCUGGAGGGAAGGGGGGGCCGAAAGAAGAUGCAUUCUCGAAGUUGAAGGAGAAAUUUAUGAAUGAACUGAACAAAAUACCAUUGCCACCUUGGGCCUUAAUAGCCAUAGCCAUAGUUGCAAUCCUAUUAGUCCUUACCUGCUGUUUCUGUCUGUGUAAGAAAUGCUUGUUCAAAAAGAAAAACAAGAAGAAGGGCAAGGAAAAGGGAGGAAAGAAUGCAAUUAACAUGAAAGAUGUGAAAGAUUUAGGCAAGAACUUGAAAGAUCAGGCCUUAAAGGAUGACGAUGCUGAAACAGGGCUGACAGAUGGAGAAGAAAAAGAAGAAGCAAAAGAGGAGGAAAAAUUAGGGAAAAUUCAGUAUUCCUUGGAUUACGACUUUCAGAACAAUCAGCUUUUGGUUGGGAUUAUUCAGGCUGCAGAACUGCCUGCUUUAGAUAUGGGUGGUACAUCUGAUCCCUACGUGAAGGUUUUCCUGCUUCCUGAUAAGAAGAAGAAAUAUGAAACAAAAGUUCACAGGAAAACUCUUAACCCUGUCUUCAAUGAGUCAUUUACAUUCAAGGUGCCGUAUUCUGAACUGGGAGGAAAAACAUUAGUGAUGGCGGUAUAUGACUUUGACCGCUUCUCCAAACAUGAUAUCAUUGGGGAGUACAAGGUGGCCAUGAACACUGUGGAUUUUGGUCAUGUGACUGAGGAGUGGCGGGAUUUGCAAAGUGCUGAAAAAGAAGAGCAAGAGAAGCUAGGUGACAUCUGCUUCUCUCUACGCUAUGUGCCUACUGCUGGCAAGCUGACUGUUGUCAUCUUAGAAGCAAAGAAUCUGAAGAAGAUGGACGUGGGCGGUUUAUCAGAUCCCUAUGUGAAAAUUCAUCUGAUGCAGAAUGGAAAGCGGCUGAAGAAGAAGAAGACAACAAUUAAAAAGAACACUCUGAAUCCCUAUUACAAUGAGUCUUUCAGCUUUGAAGUACCAUUUGAGCAAAUCCAGAAAGUGCAAGUUGUUGUAACUGUUUUGGACUAUGACAAGAUUGGCAAGAACGAUGCCAUUGGCAAAGUCUUUGUGGGCUACAAUAGCACCGGGGCGGAGCUGCGACAUUGGUCAGACAUGUUGGCCAACCCAAGGCGACCCAUUGCACAGUGGCACACCUUACAGCCAGAGGAAGAGGUAGACGCCAUGCUUGCAGUCAAGAAGUAAGAAGACAAAAAGGAAACGAGAAAAGAAGCCUUUCUGCAUUUGCCCAUAUAGUGCUCUUUAGCCAGUAUCUGUAAAUACCUCAGUAAUAUGGGUCCUUUUAUUUCCAGCCAUGCAUCCCUAACACAGAUCAGUGGUACUUCAAAUCUUGUUUUUAAUUUGCACAACUUUAAAUGUAGAAAGCCCUAUACGGCCCUCCCAUCUCACCACUGCCCUCAGAUCGACUCUUCUUUUAAGCAAUAUGUGUAGAUAGAGCAUGACGGAAAUUAUUUAUUGUAUCACAGUUGUACAUACCAGUAUGCUAAAAAAAAAAAAGAUUAAUAAUUUAUUUCUAGUCCGUUUAUUUGUAUGUUGUAAGCGUUUCCUAAUCUGUGUAUAUCUAGAUGUUUUUAAUAAGAUGUUCUAUUUUAAAUUAUGUAAAUUGACUGAGAUAUAGGAGAGCUGAUAAUAUAUUAUAGGGUAACUAACUAUCGUAUCGUCUGCAUUCCAGCAAAAAUUCCAACUUGUUAAGGCACUAGUAGUGUUACACUGACAUCUUAAAGGACAACUUAAAUCUGAGCUUUCAACCGAAUCGUUCAAAUAUCGAUGUACGCUCACAUGACACUCCUUGGAGGGGUUAAUUCCCAUUGGUGGUCUUUUCUCGUGGGCAACUUAGCAUGAUCUGAGCAGCUCCAAAGCUGACCUCAAGGAAGCGUAGCCAGAAGCUGAUAUAUCGUUUUUUUCCUGUGUAAAUAUAUAUAUAAAAACAAACUGAAAUCAUGGCUUUACACUUAGAAAUUGAAGGUACAAUUCCUUUGAGGGUGGGAGCAUUAAUUUUAGCAUAUAGGAACAUAUAAAUUGGGGGAGGAUAAAUCACAAGGGGGGAGGAUGCAAUAGUAACAAACCCCUACAACUGACCAUGGUAAAACACAUACCUAAAACCCAAUCGCUCUCCGUUUAUCACCUUUAUACAAAAUUUGCAUACUGUGAAUCCCAUUUGUGAUCUCACAUUCUCUAAUCCUAAUGAGUUUGCACAUUAGACUUUGUAACAAAAUAUUUUAUUAUACUAAGCCAGAUGAGAAGGAAUGCAGAAUAUUUUUUAAAACAAAACAAAAAAAAAUCACCACCGUGUGUGUUUAUUAUACAAAAGUAGUUUCAUGGUGACGAGACAGUAUUGUAAAAUCCCAUCAAAAGAGGACAAAAAGAAACAAUUAGCCAUAUUUCUGAAUGCACUUCAAAGCAAGCCAAAAGAUUAACAGCUAGUGACCUUUUAUAUACUAUUUAUACUUAAUAAGUUUUAAUUUGUCCUUUAAAAAAAGUGAAACAAAACAAAGAACAAGUUCUAGCAAACUGAAGCAACCUCUUAUGUACACUAGUUGCUCGUUUCAGGAGGAGUUUAUAAAUGUUUUCAAUGUUACUAUGUAGUAAAUGGCACUAUUAUGAAGCUAUUAGUCAUUCCAUUUAAGCGUCUUAAAAGACAGCUCUGUGUAUCACUGUGACUGCCGUGUGUGCUUAGAAACUGUAGUUUUUCUCAGUGGAUAGCAAUCAAUUUAUUCCGUAGUGAUAUUGUAAAAAAUACUGCCAUUCCCUUCUACUGCACUGCCGAAGGAAUGUAUAGCACAAGCAGUUCUCCUACCUAUGGACCAAUCCAGAACUGAAGAGCUAUGCAUAGGACAAGGGCAUCAAAAUAGAGCAGAUGGACCACACAGCAUUUUGUCGACACUGUGCAAUAUUCCGCAUCUCUUCCCCCCCCCCAACCCCCUCAGUUUGAUGGUAAGUCCUACAGAUAAAGACAGUUGUCAUCUCAGAUGAUCCCAUCUCAUCAUGUUGUGGGCAUUACUAUUUUUUUUAGCUCAGGUCUCUUCAAUGGAGACGCCUUCCAUUUAGUUACUUUCUUACUUGCAUACUUAUUUAAGAGACUGUGAAUAUAACGUGUUGAAGUACUUGUUCUAUUUUUAGUUAUCAUCCCGGCACCAAAAACACAAGGAGGUAGCAAAAGAAAAAGGGGGGGAAAUAGCACCCUUUUGUGGAAUAAGUGGGAUUUCCCUAGAAAUAGGUGGGUAAUCCAGUUAAAUAAUAAUAAAUUUUUUUAAAAAAAAACAGCAACAGAUUUUUGAAUGAUAACAACCCCUUUCUCAGAGCUGUGG